UUUGCAGAUGACCGACAAAAACAACAGCGAUUCCGAUGAAGACAUCGAAAGUCUCACAAAUCAUGAAACGUCGUUAGAGGCUGCGGCGAAAGCACGCAAACGACGAUUACUAGCGAUGAAGUCGAAGAUUCAUGGAAUUGAGAUGCAAGAGGAGGAUUACGACGAAGGCGAGACUUCUACCAAGAAAAGUCGCGAAGUUGGUCGAGAAUUCCGGAAUCACAAGCCAGACGAUGCCGUCGGCACGCAAAACGUCGACAUGGAUCUGGAUAUCGUUCAGCGAGAAAUUACGGAGCAUUUGAAGGACGUUCUGCACGAAAAAGCCAUCGACAGCGUAGAUCUGGCGAUGUUGGCUCCGAAGAAGAUCGAUUGGGAUUUGAAGCGAGACAUCGAGUCGAAAUUGCAAAAAUUGGAGCGGAGAACGCAGAAAGCCGUGGCGACGAUCAUCAGACAGCGGCUCGCCGAAGGAAAAGGAGAUCUCGCCGCUACAGUAAAUGCUGCGGCGGCACAAAAUUUGUAAAAUUUAAAUUAUAAAUCGGAUAUACACACUGAAAAA